AUGAACAACAUCAACAGUUAUAAUGAAGAUGGUACAACUAACAAUGGUACUAGUAACAACUAUCAGUUUUACAUUACCCGUCAUAUAAAAGCGAGCUUCCACGUCCAGCCGCCAGUUCUCUUCGCACUCUCAACCGAGGCAGAAAUGAAGGUAUUUGCUGUGUUUGCCCUUUUGGCGGCAGUGGCGUCGGCGAUUCCCGAAGAAGGCUACAACUAUCAGGCACCAGGAGGUCAGGGAUCCCAGUUCCCUACCGGGGCGGGACAGGCACAGUACCCCUCCGUGCCCGCCAAGUACGCCUUCCAGUGGGACGUGAACCAUGAGCCUUCAGGGAACUUCUACGGCCACAAAGAGCAGAGGGAAGACGCCAACACUAAGGGAAGUUACUACGUCCAGCUGCCCGAUGGUCGCCGUCUUCUGGUCGAGUAUUACGUGGACGCCACCGGUUACCAUCCCACCGUCACCUUCGAGGGAGAGGCGCAGUAUCCUUCAGGAGGGAAUCGGGGAUACGGCCAGUCCGGUCAGGGAUCGAGCCAAGGUUCUCCCUCGCAGUCAUAUGGCGUUCCCUCUAAAUAA